GAUGCAUAAAUUCUUAUAUUCAAAACUUCCUUAGAAUUAUUGCAGACCCCUUACUUCAAAAGCCAAUUUACCAAGCUAUUCUUUUCGAUAUAAAUUAGAUUUAUUAGGAAACAUAUAAAUUCAUCGACCAUGUUCAACUAAUAAUUUAUGCAAAAUAAAAUUAUUAGAAGCAUAAGGAAUUCCUUCUCCAAAAGAUAAAAGCACUUGUUUUAAAAGAGAAAUAAUAGUUGCUAUAUAUGAUAACUUUUAUAAAUAAUUUGUUGAGAAUAGUCUUGUUCUUAAAGCGAAGUACAUUCCUGAAAAUGAAGAUAUUUGGUAUUUUCCAGUGAAAAAUAGAAAUAAUGGAUUUUACUUGAAUUGUGAGAAUUACAAAGAUAAAUUAAAUUUAAUAUUAGUGUUUGAUUUUAUAAGUUAUUUUAAGGAAAAUAAUUAAGUACAUAAGAUAAGUAGUUGUUUUGCAGAGAUACCAGUUGCACAUAUAAUGAGAUUAGGUACAUUUAUAUUACCCUUGAAAGGGGGUACAAUAGAAUAAAUAGUAGCUAUUACUAAGGAGGAUAUAAGAUGUAAGAGAGGUGGAAUUUCAGGACUUAUAACUAGAAUUACUGGAGAUGUAGAACCUUAAUUGAAAAUAGUUAGUAUGAAUAAAUCAAAUAGACCUUAAUUGUAAAAAGAAUUAUAAAUGUUACCUCCAUUUUGUUUAUGUCAUAGAAAUAUGACAUAAAUAAUUUAGACUUAUAGAAUAUUUUGUGAGGAUAAAUUGAAAUAAGAUGAAAGUGUAUUUAUAUAAUCUAUUGAUACAUUUUUAUUUUCUUUAGAUUGUCCAUACAUAUGUUCUAAAAUGUGUAAGUUAUGGAAUAGGAUAAUACAAGGUAAAAUGAUAGGUUAAGAAAUGGCAUCAUUCUAAAUUCUGAUUGGAUAAUUGUAGAAAUUAAUUAGAUUAAAAGAUUUCAAUUUUAAUCCUUAUUCACCUUCAGAAGUUUUUACUCCUGAAAUUAGUAAGCCAAAAAGAAAUGUUGUUAAAUCUAUUUUUGAAUAUGCAGAAUAUUUGAUUGAUAGUUCAUUUUUUAAUAAAUUGGGAUUAGAUGGUGAUGAAAUUUUGAAAGAACAAAUGGAUUUAUAUGGAUAACCUUUGAUUCAAGGAAUUUAUGAUGGAGAACAUGAUCCAUUUGACAAAUAUUAUAAUGGAUUGAAUUUACAGGCGUAUGAAACUUAUGUAUAAUAAUUGUGA